UGUAACAACCGUUGUAUAAGUAAAUCAAGGUCCAUGACCUGCUUUUACUAUUUAGGGAAAGUUCACAAACUAUUUUUAUAAAAGUAAAAUGGAAUCCGACAAGAUCGAUGAAGAAGCCCAAGCAGAUAUACCAGAGCCUGACGAUGAAGAAGAAACUCUCAAGAUCCGACCAUUGGAGCGAAUCAAACUUCACCCAAAAGUUCCCGUAGAGCCCUCUGCAUACGGUAAAGGGAAGAACUUCAGCAGACCUUGGAUACUACAAGAUGGCCGCGGGAUUCCUGGACAAGGAAGUGAAAUGCGGGACCAAUACAAGAUUCCUAAAAAGGCAAAACAUGGCGAAGGUAUUCGCAAGCGCAUGCUGACAAACUUCUUCUGGGAACAAAUGCUGAACGAGGUGAUGGAGGAGCUGGCUACUACCAAGCCGGAGGUAGACUACUGCACUGAACAGAAGGCUAACUACGUGAAGGAGAACUUCCAGCCACGAGACCUGGCUGUGACUGCUGAUAAAAACUUGCAUCUGAAAUAUCCUCUUUACGGUACGGGGUCCAGUGCCAUCACAUACUACAGUCAGACUAUCCAAAAGAUUGGUCCUGGUGAAAUAUUGGAGAAGUUCCGUAGAUGUCAAUACUUCACUAAACCGAUGGAAGAAAGAAUGGACGAUGGUUGGGUUUUAUAAAAAAUAUCUUUUAUCUUAUUUAGUGAUUGUC